GUUAUACUGUGAAGUGGAGGUGGUUAGGGGAACACUCAGCCUUACAGCCUGCAUUGCUUUGUUGCAUGCAGGGAACAGAUUUAUGUCUCAGGCAAAAGGACAGCAGAGCAUGAAUGGUCAGUCAGUAUAGAGGAGAUAAUGGUUCCCAUCUAGUUUGAGGUCUUGAAGAAAGUUUAGAUGCCCAUGUUUGCCCAGAAAGACAGCCUUUACCUUUAAAAGCAGGCCACACUGAGACUUUUGAUUGCUUGUUUCUGAAGUAGGUUCCUGCUUUUUAUAUUUGUCACCUUUUACUUCGAAGUAUGGGGUGCUCAUCAUCCAGUGCACAGACUGUGGAACAGGAGAAAAGACCAGGCACAAAGCCUGAGGAGAGCAAUGGAGACACAGUGGCAGUCAGAAAUGGCAGCAUCACAGAAGAUGUGCAAACCAUUGAGGACCAGAUACAGCUGCCUGCGCAGACUGUCUUACCAGAUAAUCUUAAAGCGGGACCUGAAGACGAGAAGGAGGCCGUGUUAGUGGGCAUUGAGGCCCAGGAGGAUCUGGGCUCUGGGGAAGAGCUUUUAGAAGCUCCUGAGCAACAGUCAGAGCCUGAAGCAAGUGAGGAGCUGGCACCACAACCUGAAUCAUAUGCAGCAGUAGAAGAUUCUGCUGAGCCAGACGUUGUUGUCGCAGUAAGUGAGGUAGCACCCCCAGUGGAGGAGGCACUCCCUUUAGAAACUGUACCAGCAGAAGCCCCCCCUGACGUCAAGGACACAGAGGAGACCCCUAAUGCUAAAUCUGUUGAAGCUGUGCAGACAGAGGUCACUGUUUUAGCUGAGGAGGUACUUACUGUACCAACUGCUGAACCAGUUGUAGAGGACCCAGCCGGGACAGCUGGGGCUGUAGAAGUGGCUGUAGCUGAAGGAGCCUUUAAAGCACCAACUGAAGAUGAGAAACUUGUACAGGCAAAGGCCCCAACUGGCAAUACUGCACCAGAGACUGUCUCAGACACAGAGAUGACUCCAGUAACUCCCGUUAAAGAUGUUGCUCAAGCCAAGUGUAAUUCUGCCACUGAGGAGGAAACAGAUGUUUCCACAGCCACUGCUGUUACUGCUUCAUCAGCAGAGGUGUCCUGUCCUAUAGAGGUCACUACAGCCUCUGAGCCAGCCAAGACCUCUGAGGCUCCACCAGUCAGAGUGAAUCCAGAGUCCAGUACAGAUAAUGGAGUCACAGCAGAGGUUCCUGUGGUGGAGCCAAUCACGACACAGUCUGAAGCCCCUUCAGAUCCAGAACCUGCUAAUGAGCCAGUUCCCGAACCUUCACCAGAGGUGGCAUCUGUAAACGAGACCUAUAAGGACACAGCGGGUGAAAUAGCCAAAAAACAGGACUGAGAUGAUUAGAGAUUCACCAAAAAACAAAGGCCCAAAGGGACAUGGGACAACAAAUGGAGGAAAACGUGAAGAAGAGAAACCAAAAAACUCUCUACCUUUAGUUUUUGUCUCAUCAGCUGCACAAUGCAUGUAUAAUUGAGGAAUUUGCCUUAAUAAGUUUUCAUUCAGGACAGAUCAGGAUUUCCUAUAGGUUUGUAUUUAAGCCUUUACUGCAGAGAAAAUGAGUUUUUCUACUGGGACCGCAAGUGCCUGGAGCCACACAUGUAGGCUUAUAAAUUAAAAAUGCAACAAAAGCAUUCAGGUGGCAUGGCAUGUCAGGGUGCAAUACUAUGCGAGAUCUGUGAAUUCUUGUUAAAAAGGUUGGUAACUCUGGGCUGGACGUAUUUCAAAUGUAUGAAGGAUGUUUGCAGUAAAGCUUUUAUUAUGGUUUUCUCAGGAAAACAAGCCAAAUUUGAGUGAAUUAAAUAAUGCACAAAGCUCAAAGUGACAAGGACACCAAACUGGAGGGGUGGAAUAUCAGUGUCUCACCAAGCAGGGCCACAACUAGGUAUGGGUCGGUAUGAGAGUCUUUGACAGCAUCAUGCUACCGAGACAAAGAUUUUAAACAAACUUGAUAAUGUGAUCUAAUUGUUUUAAUUUUUAACAGUGAAGCAUCAGUUAUUUGAACUGCUGGAAAUGACAUUAACAGUUUUUAUGUUACGCUCUGUCUUGUGCUCUGUAUAGAUUAACACAAGUAUGACAAAUUAGUAGCUGGUUAAUAAUUCUGGCUGGGGUAGAUCUUGCAGUUGGCUAAUUAACAGACAUACUACUCCUAGCUGCAAAAUGUGCUCCUAAAACGUGGUCUUGAUGAGAAUGAUGGAUGAAGCUCCUUUAGUUUUCACGACUGUUAAUGUUUGCUGGAACCAGAAGGACUUCCAAACAGCAAAAGUUGUGUUUCUUGUAAAAACGGGAGCAGUGUCAGCACCUUCUUUGAACCUGCUGACCUGCAGUGAGCAGCAACAUAUGUAGAAGGGGCAAUGCUGUUUUUCUCUUUUCCUGCCAGAGAAAACUUGUCACUCUGGCACAAAUGAAACCGUAUGGACGGUGUGACAGAUAAAAUUAGCAGUUUUUUAAAACCUUGAUAUCAUUAACUGGCCCAUGCCUAGUCACAACCAGCUUAACUGUACUUUACCAAAACAAAUCUAAAGAGAUUCUGUUUCUGCACAGUGAACUGUGAUUGUUUGAGGGCAAAAAAAAAAAAAAGCCAUCAAACCUUCUUACACAUUAGAAAUGUUAUUAAUAGUAAUAUGUUUAAAUAACACAGUGCACAGUGAGGUAAUCACCACAAUAGUCAGAUUGACUCUUUCUUCAGAAAACGCUAUUUGACAUUAACACAGCUCAUUGUGUGAACACGGGUUAUUUAAAGUAAGAAAAAAAAACCAUGGAUGAUCACAUGAAAAUACUGACAUCUACAGGCUGAGGAUAAAGAUGACCAACUGCUGACACGUAUUGUUCUAUAAAGCCAUCUUGUACAGCUCUAGUGUAGUUGUUAGAUUUGUAUUAAUCCUCUUACGUGGCAAUAAAAGCCUUUUAAGCAUACAUUUAAAGGUACUGGUGUGAGGUGCUGAUGUCAUAUGGUUGUAGGUUUUAGUAGCACAGUCAGAGACCACAGCUUUCUUUUUAGCCUUCUACAUUUUGUGUUAAAAAAUGUACGGCUCUGAAAAUGGCUCUAAUGUGAACAAUAUCGGUUAUUUACUUCUCUGGAAUAAACAGCUUAAUUUGUCUAGAAUUCUGGUAACUGGUUAGUGUACAGAAUAAAUGUUCCCUUACUAAAAA